UCGAUGACUCAGCCCCUCUUGAACCAAGUGUCACACUGUCCUUCGCCAUCGCGUAACUGGUGCUGUCUGGUCGACGGUCUCGGGACUCUAAAACGGCAAUCAUGGUUUUCGAAGAAAAAAUGAUUUUGAACGGAGACCCCGAUGAUGAGGAAGAAGAAGAAGAAGAGGAGGAAGAAGAGGAAGAGGAGGAAGACCUGGUGGACCCUAUGGACACGGUCAGGGAGAAGUGCGAAAAGACGGAGCACUGUGUCCACACACGCGAAAGGCUGGAGGCUUGUGAAAACAGAGUUGGCUCGCGGUCGGAGACAGAGGAGGACUGCACAGAGGAGCUUUUUGAUUUUCUCCACGCUCGUGACCAUUGUGUGUCCCACAAGUUGUUCCAUUCCGUGAAAUAAUCUCCAGACACCAGUGUUGGAAAAUUUGACUUUCAUUUCUCAAAGAAACAAAUGCUCUGCUCCACGUUCAUUGUUGUACAGAAGAUUCCCUGUCUAAUUUAUGUGCUUGUUGGGAUGAUCUGCUUUUACUUGUGAAUAUAUUGUGAAUAAAAUGUUAUCUCGUGACGAA